CAACAUGGCGGCCCAGCAGUGUCAGUGCAUGCGGACGACCUUGCCGAAGUGCAAACGAAACGGUCAAGAGUUGGUUCGUCGCAGUUGCCCUUCCAUUGUUAAAAUAGCACUCGCUCGGAGCGGUACAUUCAAGUUGUUCAGUGAUUGCCUUAAAGUAGCACAUCCACCUCUCUCUCUCUCUUUGUCUGUCUCGCGCGCCAUCUGCCGUCGCACGCUAGUUCGCGCGCUCUCGCUCUCACCAACGCAAGCAAACGAACCUUCCAGACCGACGACCAUCAUCGCAGCAACUCCUCGUGAGGAAGAAACGCGUGAAUAGAAAACCGAUCGAAAAUCGCACGCGUCCCAGCUCCGUGCAGUUAACCCACAAACGCUCCCUCAGCCAAAGGAAACUCAGCGUUAAACGCUAAGCGAAGCGCGUUACUUUUCUUCACUUGUGUCUAUUUUGUUUAUCGUAUGUCCAUCCAGAAUCUUAAUACAUUUGACCCAUUUGCUGAUGCAAUAAAGGGUGCAGACUAUGAUGUGCAGGACGGUCUCGUGCACAUAAGAAUUCAGCAGAGAAAUGGUCGCAAAACGCUAACCACUGUCCAGGGAUUGUCGGCCGAGUACGACCUGAAGAAGAUCGUGCGAGCAUGUAAGAAGGAAUUCGCAUGCAAUGGCACAGUAAUUGAGCAUCCCGAGUACGGCGAGGUGCUACAGCUGCAGGGUGACCAGCGGGAGAACAUUUGCCAGUGGCUAACCAAGUCCGGGCUCGCAAAGCCGGAUCAGCUGAAGGUGCACGGUUUUUAAGUCCCGAAAUUGUUGCCGCCGCCUAUCCACCACCACCACCACCGCCACCUUCCGUUUGCGCGUGCUCGUGUGUGUGUGUGUGUAACGUGUGAAGAGCGUGAAACAAUAGUAGGAGGGGAGAAAACAAGAAGAAGAAGGCGAACCAAAAACAACCACACACACACACAUAUUGGAAAAGGAUCACACAGUGCUGAUUGUCGUCUUUAUCGUCGUCGUCAUCAUCAAGCUAUAUCCUGCCCAACUGCCUGACCUUUCCUUUGGUGUGAUAGCCAUUCACCUUUGUACCUCCCGACCGCUUGUGGCACCAGCGCCGGUUUCCUACUGCUUCACAUCGACAUCCGUGGCACCACCGCUACUAGCCGCCACCGUGUCCCGUGCUAGAUGAUUGUAAAUUCUCUCGUCCCAGAUUCUCAUCUUUCUCACAUGUUGUCUUACUAAACGGUUCCAAAUUACAAUUGUCAUCAUCAUCCACAACUCGAUCCUUGAACACCGCAACACGAUCCUUCUCCACCAAAAAACACGUGCGUCCUUCCCUCUCUCGAACGGUGCUUUCCAGUAUAACACACAGCCGCUCCUCCAUCUAGCAGUUGUCGUUUUCAUCCAAUGCUUGUUCCCAUAGCGCGUGCAGAGCUAUAUCCGGGUGCAGCGCCAACGGUCGGCCAGUGGUCGCCGAGCAACGGUGGUCUGUAGUAACCCGGCGCGUCCGUUUGUGCCAGCAGCCAACAGUGGCGUGAAAUUGAUGUGGGCCGCGCAGGCGGCCUACUCAACCAUGACCGCUUACCGGUGUCCAGCCUCUGUCCGAUGGAAACAUAGGGCAGAGGGGUACCGAGUGCGCGGCGUACGGGCGUAACCGAGCGAGCGAACGGGCAGAAGGGAGAGAGAGAGAGAGGUGCAUGUGUGUUGUGGUGGUUGUGUGCCGCGUUCGAAGAGAGCGUGUGCUGCUGCGGCCAACAUACAUAAAACGAAGAACAUCAUCAGGGCUAAUUAUUGAACGUCGUUAUUAACAUCAAGUAACAGCAGCAACAACAGACGCGGGGUGUAUAUGUGUGUGUGCGGGGUGUGGUGUGAUGAGGAUGAUGUGCGCAACCUUUCCGUCAGCAAGCAUCGUCGUCAUCAGGCCUUUUCCCCCACCCAUCCCCAAAAGGAGAACACUGUCUUCAGGAGUUUGCCGCGCGUUAUACACUUUUGUCACCUUAGGAUCGAAAUAAUAUGAUGUAAAGCAAACGAACACAUAAACAAAAUACAAUAACAUAGCCAAAAUCAGAAAAAAAAAAA